AUGGGCUGUAAUUGGUAUAACUUGGAGCCUGCGUGCCUAAAGGAGACAUACGUGGGUUUGAUAAAUUCCGUGAUUUUCAAUGAUAAAUGGUUUAAAGUGGCGGUAUGUUUCAUAGCAUUCAACCCCAUCUUUUGGAACGUCGUGGCCCGCCUAGAGUACCGCACACAUGUGUUGACAAAGUUGGCUGGUGGCGCUCGUAGCGGCUGUUACUUAUUAGCCUUGACUAUAUUCAGUCUCGGUAUCGCACGUGACUUGUCUUUCGAAUGGGCAAUGCGUGCUCAACCAACAUCUCCAGUGUUGGAUAGUGAGUUAAUCCGUAACUUGGGUCGUCUAUGCAUUGGUGCGGGCCAGGUUCUGGUUCUCACUUCGAUGUACCAGCUGGGAAUCACUGGUACUUACCUCGGAGACUAUUUCGGGAUCCUAAUGGACAACAUCGUUACUGCUUUUCCAUUCAACGUGUCUAAUAAUCCAAUGUACCACGGUUCGACACUUUCAUUCCUCGGUUAUUCUCUAUUGCAGGGCAAACCCGCAGGUCUGGUGAUCACCUUGUUCGUUCACACAAUGUACAGCAUAGCGCUAAAAUUUGAGGAGCCUUUCACGGCUGCUAUCUAUGCCCAGAGAGAUGCUCAAAGGGCCAAAAAGGACUAG